AUCAUCGCGCCACCCUUUACGAAGCUCAACGUCAUCACGCCGCUCUACGCGGAUCGUGACGUCAUCGCGUCCUCACGCCGAUUCCGCCUUCUCUGUUCGGAAAAAGCCUAUUGGCAGAAUGUCAACUAUGGGAGAAUUGGACUCAGACUUUUACCAGUCUAAUUAUACUAUUGAUAAUCAAGACCAAGACUAUAAUGCUGCUGCAUAUGGAAAUCCAUAUGGACUCAGAGAACAGCAUUCAAUGGAGCCCCACCCUGCAGCUUUUAUUCCUCCAGAGAUGAGCGCAUCUUCAGGUUACACAGGACAAUAUUUUCAGCCAACAUAUGAUUCCAGUUAUUAUUCACAAUCGGCUUAUGUGGACACUUUUGGAGAAGAGCCUCCUUUGCUAGAAGAACUUGGAAUAAAUUUUGAUCACAUUUGGCAAAAAACGCUGACAGUUUUAAAUCCUCUGAAACCAGCAGAUGGCAGCAUCAUGACUGAAACUGACCUGGCAGGCCCCAUGCUUUUCUGCAUAGCCCUGGGAGCCACCCUGCUUCUGGCAGGAAAAGUUCAGUUUGGCUAUGUGUAUGGCAUGAGUGCAAUUGGGUGCCUUGGGAUUCAUGCAUUACUGAACUUGAUGAGCACUUCAGGAGUGUCAUAUGGAUGUGUGGCGAGCGUGCUGGGUUACUGUCUGCUCCCUAUGGUCAUUCUGUCCAGCUGUGCCAUAUUCUUCUCACUGCAGGGGACCAUUGGGACCAUAUCAGCAAUAAUCAUCAUUGGAUGGUGUAGCCUAUCUGCAUCCAAAAUCUUCAGUUCAGCACUGACUAUGGAAGGACAGCAACUUCUAGUAGCUUAUCCUUGUGCUUUACUUUAUGGCCUGUUUGCCCUCUUGACUGUUUUCUAAUGUAUUCAGAAUAGACUUAUUGUGUGAUCUUUGUUUGUAUGUCUAGUUACUUUAGAAAGAGAUUAACAUGCUUUAUUGAAAUGAAUUCUCCUUUAUCUCUGAAGAGAUAAUAGUAAAUUAAGAAACAAAAUGACACUUUAAGAUGACAUAGAGUAGAAGCUUCUCUGGCUUGAAAGAUUUUUUUUUUCCUUCUCUGCUUAUGAAAUAAGACUUAAAAUAAAACUAUUGUGGGCUUUAUUUUGGAAAGACAGUUGGGGAUAAGUGACUUGCUUAGGGUCACAUUUAAAUUAAACUGUUGUAAAAUGAAAGAACUCUUUUAAAGAGUUUCCCCAUCUUGUAAUUCUUCUUAAGCAGGGAAUAUAAUUGCUUGAUUUACUAAAAAGAGUUGUGUAUUAUAAAUAAUUGUGUGUUACAAAGUAGUAUGUUAAGUAAAAUCAUAUGUACUAAGGGAAUUUGUUUCUAAAAAAGUGUCUCAGGAAAAAUUGAGAAAUUAAAGAAACUGUGGUGUAUGAUCACUCUUUAAUCCAAUGUGCAUUUUUACAAAGGAAGAUCCUUUAGAGUCUUCUUCAUUCUGGUACAUAUAAAGUACAGGUAUUAUAGAUAAUUAUAAUAGUAGGAUAGAAAACUAUUUAUCUGUACCUUUCAUAAUUUGAAGGAAAGAUGAGUUUCUCUGAGUCUUCUCAUUGACAGCCAGUAUUAUCUAUUUCAUCAGUCUCAUACUAGAAUACAGAGUAUGCCCAAGAAUUUGGCUGCCAGGAUAAGAGGAUGGCUAUUGAUAGAUUUAUCAAUCAUUAUAUCAGAAAGUAUUUAUUAAAUCUUAAUUUGUGUCAGUCUGACCAGGCACUUGAGAUAAAAAUGAAACAGUUAUUUUCUUUGAGAAAUUUAUGUUCUAGAAGAGGAGGCAACAUAUAAAAUAUGUCCAUAUAAAAUAAGUGCAUACAAAAUAAAUUCAAGAUAAUUUUUUGGGGGAAGGCAUUAGUAGCUAGAAGAGUGGGAGAUUCAGAAAAUGACUAUAGAAAAUAGAGUUCUUUUUGAACUUAAAAAGAAAUGAAUUCUAAGAGGUAGAGUCAAGGGGGGAAUGACAGGUUCGUUCCUAUCCAAAGCAUUUUAAAAUUUCUGCUGAAUGUGUUCUUGGGUAGAGGUUCCUCAUACUUCCAUAGGUUCCUUUUCCAGUUACUGUGUAAAGAAAAGUCAAAGAAAACACUUCAGUAUAUCAGUAUUAAACUUGUGCCAGGAGGAUUGGAUAGAAAGAGACUUCAAGCAGAAUAUAUACAAUAUCUUUUAUUAAAUACAAAAGGAAAAUUUCUAAAUAUUGAGAUGCUCACCCAGUAUUCUUUGUGUGCUUUCUUUAUGUCUGGAGGAGAAUUGAGUUAGAUGGUUUAGUGGAAGUUUGUGAAAGAUCUAUGGAAAAACAUGGACAAGCGUUACAAAGGAUUAGAAAAUGGAGCUGGGUUGCAAUCUGCACUGAGAGAAGAAAUACCCAUAUUGAAGAGAUUGAAAAUUUACUGAAAUGCCGAAUCAUAAUUAAUUAUAGUAUUUAGUUGUUAGGCUUUCGAUGUGAAAAGGGCACUGAAUUAAUUGAUAAUUCAACAUAAAAUGUUACACUAAAAUAUAUAUUUCAUUUAAAAUUUUCUCUUAUGUUUCUUCCUUUCUCUUUGGUAGAUCAAUCCCUGGUAGAUUAAUUUACUGAGGUCCAAUAAAUUGAUAUGUAUUUUUUCUCCUGUUGAUUGCUCCAAGUAAAAAUUUAUAAGUUUUUUUUGGAGGUGGAGAAGUAGAUACAGUAGGUCUUUUAAAAGGAACAUUUUGAAAUUUUUUUUGGGGGGGGAUUUGUUCAGAAUUUGAAAGUACUUUAAAGAAUCCAAAUUAUCAAAUAAAAAUAACAUAAAUUUUGAAACUUAGAAAACUUCAUUAAAGAAGUGAGCUUUUUAUAAACCUCAUUCAAAUACAGGUAGGAAGUUUUCCCUAUUGACUGUGGUUUUUCUACAUUAAAAAAAGCUCAGAUAUGUCUUCAUGAAUUGAAAAAAGUGCACUUAUUUCAACUUUGACAUUUUUAUUUUGUAAAGAAGUUUUUAAUGAUUUUUUUUGUUUUUGCAUCACUUUGUUUUCUCCCUUAUCCUUCUCUUUCCUCCCAGAAAGCCAUUCCUUGUGACAAAAUACUUAAAAGGAAAAAAAAAAAAGAGAAAAAAUAAGCAAAGCCUAUAAAUUUAUUUUUUUAAGUCUUGAAGCAUAUUCACUUUCCUCAUUUCUUCAAAUUAUCAGGGGAAAGUGUCUUUUCGUAUCUCUUCCUUGAGUACUGUGCUUAUUGUUUAUAAUUUUAAAAUAUUCUUUUUUUAUUGGUGUGUGAGUAUAUGAAUGUGGUAAUUCAUAACAUUUACACGUUGCCUUUAUUGUAGAUAGUGUUUUCCUGGUUUUGCUCUUUUCACAUUGUGUAUCUUCAUUAAGUCUUCUCAUGCUUCUUGGUAUUCAACCUUUUCAAUUUUCAUUACAUUUUCUUCUUUUGGAGUAUUCUAUUAUACUUAUAUACCACUUAUAUACCAAUGAUGAGUCAUUCCACAACUGAUGAGCAUGCACUUUGCUUCUGCUUCUUUUUUACAAUAAAAAUUGCUACUAUAAA